GCGAGGGGUAACGGAGGGUGUUGGUAUUUACUCACCUACCUACCUUUUAUACGGAGUUUCAUCACCAAACAAACACCCCGGAAGAGUUCUCGUUCUCUGCCGGACUGCACAGAGUAAAUUCCCGGUCUUACCAUGGAUGUGAGCGGGCCAGAAUGGAGGGAAGAAGGGGAUUUAAAUUUCUCCUCUCGUCCCAGCAGAAUUUACUUGCAUUGAGUUUAAACGGUGUUUCACGGCGCAACCGGACUGUGAUACCAAAAAUAAGUUAUCUCUUUAAUUUUUUAGACCACUAGGCAUUCUUACUACCCGCUUUGUUCGUUUGCAGCCGUACUUUUUUUUUUUUGGAAGUUUUUGUUGCGUGUGUUCCCGGGGAGCGGAGGUGGAGCACGGCUUCACCGAGUCGGGACUGACCGCUGAAGUUGGUCCUGAAAAUGGAGGCUGUUAUCGAGAAGGAAUGCAGCGCGCUCGGAGGACUCUUCCAAACAGUUAUCGGAGACAUGAAAAGCAGCUACCCAAUUUGGGAGGAUUUUAUCACCAAGGCAGGAAAACUGCAGUCACAGCUUCG